AUGCCAUAUCCAUUCGUCCUUCCCACCACCUCUGCCUUCUUCUUCUCCUCGAGCUUCAGCUGCGAAACCCACCCCUCGCUGCCCCUGAACGCUAGCACCCACCGCGGAGUUGUCAGGGACACGCUUAAGAAGCACAAGCGGCUGCCGCCGUUGUCGCAGGUGUCCAACCUGUCGUCGGUGGUCUCGAGCCUGAACAGCUACCUCCCCUAUCUCUUCGCCAUCGAUGCGGGGCUCAGCCACCGCGCCGUCCAGGGCGAGGAAAUCAACGUGAUCCUUAAGACGGCCCCGGCCAUAGAAUGGCGGCCCACCCUGUCGGAGAGCGCCGUCGUGCCCGGCAAGCGCGAGACGGCGCGCGUUAAGAUCCAGUCCCUCGAGUACGAGGUCUUCUUCGCCCUCUCGGCGCUGGCGAGCGCCUGCACGCUCCAGGCGCGCGCCGCGCUGCAGCCGCUGUACGUGACGUCGACGGCGCCCGUCGGGACGCAGCAGCGCCAGGCCGCCCUCGCGUCGGCCAGCAAGAGCCUGCUGGACGCCGCGUCCAUCUGCGACUACCUGGCGGCGCGCGCCGAGGGCCUGGUGGCAGCGCCGCCAUGCGCCGACAUCUCGCAGGCCGCGGCGCGCGCGCAGUGCUCGCUAGCCCUGGCUGAGGCUACGCUCCUGGCUGUGCUCAAGGACGACCCGUACCCGGCCGUCGUGGCCCAGGACCGUAACCGCAACGACACCGAGUGGAUGUACAAGGCCCCCGAGAUCCCAAAGGUGCGCACCCACCUCUUUGCGCGCCUGUGUCUGGCCGCCGCCGACCACGCUGCCCAGGCCCACUCGCUGUGCGCCGGCGCCGGCGGCAGGAUGAGCCACGGCUUUCUGCGCUACCUCGAGGACUUGCGGCGGACGAGCCGCGCCAAGGCCUGCCGGUUCCUGGCCAUCGACGCUGAGAUGGGCGGGCAGACAGGGACCGCCAUUGCCUGGCUGCAGGCUGGCUUUCUGGAGCUGGGCGUCGAGCGCAAAGAUGUCAAGAAGAGCGGCGGCGGCGGCAGUGGCGGCGGAGGUCUGAGUAAGUUCAAAAAGGAGUGGACGGAGAGGCGAGAAGACCGCAAGGCAGAAAAGGGGGCCGACUGGGGGGCCGACGCGAGCAAGCUGGAGGAGACGCGCGUGUUGGAGAUGCUCGAAGCGAAGUGGACAAAGCAAAACGACACGAUAUUCACACAAGCUAUCCCCCCAACUGGGCAGCUGCUCGCGCAGAUGCCGUCGGGCCGCGAAAUCUACAGCAUCAAGCCUUUCCGGCCUCCGUUGCUCGAUGGCGCGGCGUUGGAAGCGAUGCGUGCGCCACCAGACAGGUCUGAUGAUGCUGGGAACUACCCGAGCUCUGACGAGGACACUAUUGUAGACGCCGUGCCGGUUGGAGCGUUUCCCGGGACGCAGGCUGACUACAGGACCGGGACACCGAACUACUAUUAA